AUGAACAUUGAGGAUAACCGCAUGGCAUCUGAAUGGGAGAAAUGGAAAAGACAACUGGAAUGCUAUUUCAUUGCUUGUGGAGUUCAAGAUCAGUCCGACAAACUUGCAAAGCUCUUGUACCUGGGAGGCCCAGACUUACAAGAGUUGUACGAUAAUCUGCCAGAUGCAAAGCGUGUUCCUUUGAUAGUAACAGAACCUCCUCAUUACGACGUGGCCAUUAAAGCCCUGGAUGAUCACUUCGAACCGAAACGGAUGAUUGCAUACGAGCGUUAUCUGUUCAGACAAAUGGCUCAAAAGCCACAAGAACGGUUAUCUGAUUUUGCGUUGCGCUUGAGGAUCCAAGCCAAACGAUGUGGGUUUACUCCUGAUCACUUUGAGGAAAUGAUCGUGGAUCAAAUUACCGAGAAAUGUAAUUCUGAACCACUACGAGUUGAAAUUUUGAAGAAGGACCAUAGAUCUUUGAGUGAAAUCAUUGCUCUGGGAACUACCAUGGCUGAUACGAAAACAAAGUCGAUGCAAAUGAGCAAAAUGAGCGGAUCAUUUGGCGGAGCUUCAGACGAAGCUAGAAUUCAAAUGGUGCGGGAUAGGUCUUUCCGAUCCAAACCAAGAUUGCCAGUGAAGGUUGCCAUGAAUCAAGGAACAGUAAUGACAUGUUUUGCGUGUGGUCGUCUAGGACAUCUAAAGGCCAGUAAAUGGUGCCCGGCAAAAGAUGCACAGUGUAAUAAGUGUCAGGCAUACGGUCACUUCUCAAAGACGUGUUUUCGGUUCGGAUCUUCAGGUCCGGGUUCAUCAUCAGGACAGGAGAGGUCCCAUCAGGACCGAAACGCUAGACUUGGCAAACGCAAAUCCGAAUUCAGGGGCAACCCCGGGAAUAACAGCUACGGAAAUGAGGGUUUUGGUAGACCGGCAAAGCGCAUUCGUGCAGUAACGGAAGAGGAUGAACACGAGAAACGGAUGGAGAAAGAAGAUGGUUAUGUGUUCUACGCCAUGGGGAGCAACGAAUUUCAUUUCGCUGUCGGAGGAGUUACUAUCCGUAUGACUAUUGACUCGGGUGCAGAUGCCAACAUUAUUUCGUUGGAAACUUGGACUCAAAUGAAGGAGGCAGGGGCAAUAGUCACAGAUCAAGGGCACCCAGACCGGGUUUUGAGAGCGUACGCGUCGGACACUCCACUGAAGCUUGUCGGUACAUUCAGAGCUAACAUUACAGCCGGUUCUAAUGAAGUAAACGCAAAGUUCUAUGUCGUAGACGGUGGUCGCCAAUGUCUGCUGGGAGCGAAGACUGCCGAGGAACUACACGUCUUGAAAAUCGGCUUUGAUGUUGCAACAGUAAGUGGGGGCACUGAGGCGUUCCCUAAGGUGAAAGGGGUACUGCUGGAAAUCCCAAUUGACGAGUCUGUCCAACCAGUUCAACAACCGUACCGUAGAACACCGAUCGCAAUGGAGAAAAUGGUUGAAAAACGACUCCAAGAACUGCUGGAUAAAGACAUAAUCGAAAGAGUUACCGAACCAUCGGCCUGGGUUUCUCCUCUAGUGCCGGUAUUGAAGGAUUCCGGUGAGGUUCGACUUUGUGUGGAUAUGCGGCGAGCAAACCGUGCUGUUCUUCGAGAAAAACACCCUCUGCCAGUGAUCGACGAGUUGCUUGGCGGAAUAGACGGGGCGGUUCGUUUUUCCAAAGUCGAUGUCAAAGAUGCUUAUCAUCAAAUCGAAAUUUCCGAGCGAUCCCGAGGAAUAACCACAUUCAUGACAAAGUACGGGCUAUUCAGGUAA